AGCUGUUGUGGGCGACAAUAUCACUUUUCCAAACCCUAAAUAAAUAUAUAUAUAUAUAUAUCGAAUUUGAGUAACUUUAGGAGUGGAUUGAUUGAUCUGCAGGUAGAGGUAGAUGGGGGCGAUGACUCUUCCUCCAGGUUUCCGAUUCCAUCCGACGGACGAGGAGCUCGUUGCCUACUAUCUUGAUCGGAAAAUCAACGGCGGAACCAUCGAGCUCCAAGUAAUUCCCGAAGUUGAUCUCUACAAAUGUGAACCCUGGGAUUUACCUGAUAAAUCUUUCCUGCCAAGCAAGGAUAUGGAGUGGUAUUUCUACAGUCCCCGCGACCGGAAAUACCCGAACGGUUCGAGGACGAACCGGGCCACCCGGUCCGGCUACUGGAAAGCGACCGGAAAAGAUCGGCCGGUGACGUCGCAUAAACGGCCGGUGGGGAUGAAGAAGACGUUGGUUUAUUACAGAGGGAGAGCGCCGCACGGCAUCAGAACCGAUUGGGUAAUGCACGAAUAUCGCCUCCUUGAAUCCGAUUCAUCCGCCAUUGGAUCAAAUCUCAAGGAUUCGUAUGCACUCUGCAGAGUUUUCAAGAAGAACAUUGUCAUACAGCACAAGAACACAACUGCCAAGCAGUCACCGGCAGGGGCCGCCGUCGAUCAAGCCCUUUGGGACGACGACAGCCCGGAGACAUCUCGGGAUCACCGAGACGCCGCCGGCGAGGACGAAAGCACACUAAAAACUUCGAAAAACAAUCUGGCGGAGGCAUCGUCGUCAGAUCUCACACAAGGGACGAUAACACCAUUGCCGUUGGGAUCUAAGGAGGGUUUAAGUGCAGCAGUGAUCGCAUCAUCGGACGAAGUAAACAGCUCCUACGACUGCUACGAUCAUACCCAAAACAUCUCGAAUUUGUUUCACCAGCAGGAUGAUUACAGUUACACAGCCGCCGGCGUAUUUUAUGAACCGCCGGCGGCCGGCUGGUGUCCACUGGGAACGGAGGAUUUCCCACAAAUCGGAGACGAUCUGAUAGAUGCAAAACUCGCCGGCGAUUGGGACCACAGAUUCAGCGAGUGCCUGAAUGGAACUGCAACGCUGGAAGAGCUUUAUUCUCUGUACUGUUCUUCCCGCGACACCAUUAACAACGCCCAAACUUUCACAGGAAUCAACUGAAGUUAAAUCUUAUAUAUAUAUAUUUCAACUGAAAUGAAUUAAAUCUUAUAUUUUGACAUACAGGUUUCUUGUAAUCAGAUUAGCUUAACUGCUAAUGCUGAGGUAAUAGAUGCAUCAUAUUAUAUAUAUAUAUAUAUAUAUAUACGUGGAUGUAUUUAUAAUUUGUUGAUUAGUUUUUCGAGUUCUGUUUUUGAUGGUGAAAGGAGUGAGUCCUAAUUUUUAACAUAUACUGUAGCAAAAGUGUAUUCUAUUUUAUUCAUU